GUCCGAUAUGUCCGGCUCUUUUUAUUAUUAGCUCUCCUUCACUCACUCUCUCUCGCCGCCGACGCCAUCUUCUUUCCAUCUUCAAAGUAAGCUAAGCUAAGCUAAGGUCUCUGUUCACACCAGAUCGUGAAGAGGAUCAUUCCAGGUACUUUUCUCCCAAAGAACUGCGAGUAAUUAAAAACAUGCUCAAGCCCAUCAUUCCUAGAGAUGUCUCGGCCGUCUCAAGGUCAUUUCUUGCUCGAGCAUUCGAUCAGAAACUCUCGGUCAUGACAACACAGAGGAAGAAGCUGGAAGGGAAGGUGGUGCUGAUCACGGGGGCAGCCAGUGGCAUAGGGAAAGAAACCGCAGCAAAGUUCAUCACCCACGGUGCCAAAGUGGUGAUCGCCGACAUCCAAGAGCAGGCCGGGAGGGACGCCGCCGCCGAGCUCGGCGAAAACCCUGCCUUCGUGGCCUGCGACGUCUCCAAUGAGUCACACGUCUCCGCUGCCGUGGACCUCGCGGUGUCCCUCCACGGCCGCCUCGACAUCAUGUACAACAACGCCGGCAUCCCGUGCCGGACCCCACUCAGCGUGGUUGACCUCGACAUGGCAGACUUUGACCGAGUCAUGUGGGUCAAUGCCCGCGGCGUGGUGGAGGGAAUCAAGCACGCCACCCGUGUCAUGAUCCCCCGCCGCUCCGGGUGCAUACUCUGCACCGGGAGCGUGACGGGGGUGCUAGGGGGUUGGCCCAGCACACCUACAGCAUCUCGAAGUCCGCGGUGGUCGGAAUCGUGAGAUCCGCCACGGCCGAGCUCUGCAUGCACGGGAUUAGGAUCAAUUGUAUUUCCCCUUUUGCCCUUCCGACGGCCUUCUCACUACUACAAAAUUGACAUUAGACGGCGCAUCAUACACAUCAGUUAUAGGGAAAGUGCUGUGUAAAACCCAUCCUAUAUCCUAUAUAUCCUAUCCUAUAUAUAUACUCUCUUUGUCCCCCUAAGAUGUUCUCAUUUUGACUUUUGGUGGUUUUUAAGGAGAGUUGAAAAAAGGUGAAAGUUUACCAUAAUACCCUUAAUGAAAAAUGGGUGGAGUG